CAACCACAUCAUGGCAUAUCUUCGUCAGUCCUUAUGGACUGUGUUUGCACUGGUUGCCUUGGCUCUCGCCCAUGGCGGCCAUGAUGCUGUUCCUGAGGGCGAGUCCAUCUCCCAGGAUCCUAUCGACUCAACACUAUGGACUCAUAUGAUUCUCAUGGGUUUGGCAUUUGGCAUAAUCUUCCCAACGGGAAUGGUUCUCGGAAUAACCCGCUCCCGCUGGCACGUCCCCGUCCAAGUCGUCGGCACCGUCAUCGCCGUACUAGCCUACUUCCUCGGCCACGCCCACAAAGGCCGCCAAUUCGAUAAGAACCUGCACGCCUCCGUCGCAAACUGGCUGAUGCUGUUGCUGGUCGCGCAAGUCGUCCUCGGAGUCUAUCUCAAGCUGCACUUGGAGAAGGCGGGCCAGGCUCGCAUCCGAUGGAUCUUCGUGCUGGCCCACGGCAUCGUCGGCAAGGUCAUGCCCGUCCUCAGCUGGGCGCAGAUGCUAUUCGGUGGCAUUGCCGCGCUCGGUUUCUGCCGCGAUGAUCAUCUCGGUCAGUGUCUGGCCCAUUUCAUUAUGGGCUCCGCAUUCAUUGCGUAUGGUAUUUGUUUGACCAUCCUCUUGCUUGUCGGACAGUAUUGGUUGCGCCGUACCGGCCGCAGUCAGGAAUUCUUCGAUUCGCUCAUCAUCGCCGCUUGGGGCUGUGUUAAUACUUUCACCGAGCACCGCUGGGGUUCCCCUUGGGCUCACAAUGACCUCCAGCAUACCACUAUGGGCAUAAUUUGGUGGUGUGCUGGUCUGCUGGGUAUGUGGCUCAGCCGUACUCGCAGCGGCCGUCCUAAGCGUAACCUCAUUCCGGCCAUUGUCAUCUUGAUUACCGGAUAUGCCAUGUCCGCUCACCCCCAGCAGCUGAUGAUCAGUACUAUGGUCCACUCCCUCUUCGGGUAUACCCUGAUGGCGGCGGGUCUGACCCGCAUCAUUGAGAUCUCGUUCAUCUUGAGGGAUAAGCCUGCUCUCUCCGAGCCGAACAGCUUCCAAUACCUGACUCCCUUCUUGCUCUAUGCCUCCGGCUUCCUCUUCAUGGGCGCCACCGAGGAGCAGAUGCUCCUGCUGCACAACGCAGGCAUCACCCACGUGGCCUACGUCUUGAUCCUCUACAGCAUUGCCUUCCUCGUUUUCCUCUUUGUCAACGUCCUCCUCCACAUCUACGCCGUCCACGCCUGGCCCAACUCUGAGUCUACCAACCAGGACGGUCCCAUUUACUCCACUCUCAACGGCAACGCGAAUGGUCGUGCGCGCUCAAACUCGCAGCAGAUCCAAGAUGCCGAGGCAUUCGAGCUCCAUGGCUUGAUUUCUGAUGAUGAGGAGGGUCCUUCUAUGGGACCGCGGAAGAGCAGUGAUGAGGAACUUGGAAAAGAUGAGGGCCGUCACUGAGGCCUUGCAUUGAUUUCUGAUUCCCAUUGCAAGUAUAUCGUGCAUUUUGUGAUAUUGUGUUAGACGGCGUCUGGGUUGGGUUUGGGUCGGUUUCGAAUAGCAUUGCAGGUUCUAAAUGGCCUGGAGAAUGAAUAGCUAAUAUUAUAUCUGGACAAAAUUGUACAUAA